AUGGAAGAUGUAUAUUCUGUGCAUUGCAACUAUUAUGCAUGGGCGGACUGGAGGCCCCCGCAUGGGUCACCCUACGUAGUUCCAAGCACGAGUGACAGAAUUAUAUGUACACUCAUGACUAAAGCAUUGUAUUUCAUGAAUGGGUGGAGUGCGACAUCAGGCGGCUGGCGACACAACGACAAUAAUAGUGAAGACUUGGAGAAACAUAUAAGGUGCGCAAUAGUAAAUAUAUUCAUGUAUAUAUUGCUGGCAUCUCCAUGCAGAAGUGAAAUGGGUGUAUAUUAUGCAUGGCAGACUGUGAAAGAGCUGGAGCAAGGUUCGACUGGAUUAAUUAACGCGCGCAAGUGCCAGCGGGGAGUGUUUACAGAUAUAAAAAUCGAGGAAUUGCACAUGGAGCAAAUGAUUAAGAACUGGUUACAGAACAACAACAGGUUGAGUGGAAAAAUUGGAGGGAAACGCAUAGAAAGCAUAUACGCGGACGACGACGAUGAUGACGAACAUGAUGAGGACCCGGAGGAGGACGACGCGAAUGCUAAACCAAAGAGUCCAGAGAAGGGUCCAAAUGGAACAGAUGAUAACAACAAGGACAAAGCACAACCGGCACCAGUGGACAAACCAGCGUCCAACCCUGGGGAACAAGCACAGGACCCAUCAUCGUCUUUACCAGAUGCAGAACCCAGUCAACCCAGUUAA